GCUCGCUCCUCGACCAACGACGUGUUCGACGACGCUCCGCACGGUGGCGAUGGCGGCGGAGAAGCGGAAGAGCGUCGACGUCGACGAGAUCGGCGCCGCCGCCGCCGCGGCCCCGUGCGCGACCGGGUGCGGAUUCUUCGGCGGCGCGGCGACCGGCGGCAUGUGCUCCAAGUGCUACCGCGAGUACGCCGACGCGGGCGGCGCCGCGGCGCCCUCCGACGAGACAAAGAAGAUGCAGGACGUUUGCAAGACGAGCGCCGUCGCGCCCGGAGCACCUCGCGGCGCGCCGCCUGAGAAGAAGGCCAUGAUCUACACCCGGCGCGCGGCGUGCCGCAAGAAGGUUGGCCUGCUGGGGUUCCGGUGCUGCUGCGGCGAGACCUUCUGCGGCGUGCACCGCUACGCAGAGAAGCACGCCUGCGGCUUCGACUACAAGCGCGCCGGCCGCGAGCAGAUCGCCAAGAACAACCCGGUCGUGGUCGCGGACAAGAUCGCCAAGAUCUGA